CCGCUUUACAGAUGCCCGAGUGAACGUUGGAGAGCAAUGGCGGCGUGCCGGGGGUCUUCGUCGAAGUGGUUUUUCACCCGGGAGCAGCUCGAAACCACGCCGUCCCGCCGAUGUGGAGUAGAACCAGAUCGGGAGCUCUCCUACAGACAGCAAGCGGCGAAUCUGAUCCAAGAUAUGGGCCAGAGACUCAAUGUCUCUCAAUUAACAAUAAAUACAGCCAUUGUUUACAUGCAUAGAUUUUAUAUGCACCAUUCCUUCACCAAAUUCCAUAGAAAUAUAAUAUCUCCAACCACCUUAUUCUUGGCUGCAAAAGUGGAAGAGCAACCUCGGAAACUCGAACAUGUGAUCAAAGUUGCACAUGCUUGCCUAAAUCCCCAAGAACCACCUCUAGACACAAAAAGUAAUGCAUACCUCCAGCAAGCUCAAGAGCUGGUGAUACUUGAAUCCAUAGUGCUGCAGACCCUGGGCUUUGAAAUUACUAUUGAUCACCCACACACUGAUGUGGUGAAAUGUUCCCAGCUAGUGCGAGCAAGCAAGGAUCUGGCACAGACUUCCUAUUUCAUGGCUACCAACAGUCUACACCUCACUACCUUCUGCCUCCAGUACAAGCCCACGGUGAUCGCCUGUGUGUGCAUCCACCUGGCAUGUAAGUGGUCCAACUGGGAGAUCCCGGUUUCCACUGAUGGGAAACACUGGUGGGAGUACGUGGACAGCUCUGUCACUCUCGAGCUGCUUGAUGAGUUGACCCAUGAGUUUCUGCAGAUUCUGGAGAAGACGCCCAGCCGGUUAAAGAGGAUACGCAACUGGAGGGCGACACAAGCUGCCAAAAAGCCCAAGACUGAGAGCACCCAGUUGAUGGAUAACUCCUUUCCUGGGCCGUCCAUGCUCCAAGACCAAGGUGAUGCGUCGCUUGCUGGAGUCUCCUCCAACCCAAGCUUUUCCAAAGCAGGCAACACCUUCACCAUGUCCAUGCCUGGCCAGUCUGGAGGUGCACCCCUGACUCUGGACACCAUGGCUGGUACAUACAAUCCUGCUAGCCACAGUGAGUGGCCCCAGGGCAAACAGAACCAAGCAGGGUACCCUUCCACCUGUUUAAAACAGGAACCCCUCAGCAUCCCUCUCCAAGAGCAGACACUGUCCUUGCAGACCUCCACAUCCUCUUUGCUUCAGCAUCCACCGAUAUACAGGACAGAGAAAACAAUAGACUUUAACCCUGUCAAACAGGAACAAAAAGGAGCUGGUGGGGGUGGAGUGGGCAAGCAUCAGCCACCACCUCAGCCUGCAUACCCUCCACCAGCUCAGCCUCCUCCACCACCACAACCUUCUCCAGCUCAGAAGCUGUCUCUGGACAAAUACAGAGAGAAACAUGCUGCAGAGCUGGCUGUCUCUGGACAGAAACGCCGGCAGGAACAGCAUGGAGGUGUAAUGGAUUGCGAAAUGUCGUCUUCCUCCUCUUCUACCUAUGCACCAUCAUCUAUGAGCCAAGUAGACCAUAGAAAACAUUCACAGCCCCACCAAACGUCCCAUGGUGGAGGUGGUGGCAUCACCGCCUCCCCAAUGAAAAUUAAAGUCCCUUCCUCCUCAACUUCAGGGCAAGACAGACGUCAUCACAGUGACAAACGGGACAAAAGCUCGCUGAAACUCCGCCUGGCUGUUCCUGUGUCUGGCGGCAGCUCCCAGUUGGAUAAAAGUGGGCAACCCAGCAAAGACGAGCUUAAGAUGAAGAUAAAAGUUUCAUCAUCAGAGUGCCACAGCUCAUCAGAUGAAGGCAUGGCGACCACCAACAACAAGAGUAAACAUUCCAGCCCGAUGGUGAACAAAGAGAAACAUCGCGGAGCGGAGCACAACCUCCAUCGCCAUCACAAGCACAGUCACCCUCACACACACAGCGGCAAUGGGCGAGGAGGUCCCGAGGGCCCAGGUGGCGGGGGAGGCCUGCUACGUGGUCCCCCGGGGCUGGUCAGCAUGGAAGGGAUGACGCUUGCUCCUCCCGGAUCCACCUCUUUCUCUUCAUCCACAUCACGCAAGAGGGCGUACCCAGAGGUCAGCCACAACCACCACCCUCCUUCCUCAUCCUCCACUUCUUGCUCCAAAGUGAGCAAAAUCUCCAAGGGUGGCACUGGUGCUGCAGGUGGGCUGCGGACCUCUCAGCAGUACCCUCCUAGUGAAUCGCCACACGAAGUGGGAGAGCAGAGACACUGAGUCCACCACUCUGCAGCUAUGGCCACCACAUGGAAAUGGCAUCAAACAACCCACAGUUGAGACUUUGAAGACUAUGCUCACCUCCUUGUCAAGUGCCCUAGAAAAAUAACUCUUUAUGUGAUGAUAAACCCUUUACUGAAAGGCAGAAAAAAUUAUCUCCAAAAACAUGAAAAGUAUUGUUGGACUUCUCAGUUUCUGAGAGACUAGACAGAUGAAAAAUUAUGCUUCCUCACUGUCACAUCUCUGGGCUGUGAUGCUCGGUCCUGUUUUUCUGUUAGUGUUGAAUUGCUGCUUGGUUCUCCUUCCUCCUCAAAUGGGUCUGGGAAUGUGCAAAGGUUGGGCGGGUGUGAUUGUCGUGGGGAGGGUUUGAGUGUGUUUCCAUCGGGAGGGAAGUCCUUCCCUACAUCUAAGAUCCCCAUAUGGAGAAACAAAAGUAUUACAAGUACUAUAAAUAAUUUAAUUGAAUCACAUUUCUGCAGUUGUAUGGAGGAAGCCAGUGGCCAGCUGGAGAUGAGUUCAAGUUAUGUUUGCUGGCAUUCCAUUUAGUACUGUUGAUGGAUGCAAUUUUUUUAGGUGUAAAGUUUCAUCUCCUCAAUUA